UCCUCCUCCUCCUGCACAUCCACUGCGGGUAUUAUUUGGCCCAAGCCGCCGCGACCGCUUCCCCGUCUCCGUCCUUGGCGCUGAACUCCCAGGGCGCCUCGAGAGCAGAAUGGCGGUCGCCACUGCGUCCCGGUACGAGGUGCCCACCGACACCCCGGACGCGCUGCCGCCCUCGUUCUGGCCCACGCACGCCUCGAGGCUCGGCGCGGGGGCCCCGGCGGACCUCCGCAACCCAGGCUACGGGGAGCCAAAGGACGGCAGGCCGUCGUCAUUCUACCACUACCCAGACGCGGUGUUCUCCGACGCCAUCUCGACCACUACCCGGGAGUGGCUGAGGGCAUGCUGGACGGACGUGGACAGGGUUAGGGAGAUGAUGCUCCAGUCUGGCGAGGUGCUGCCCUUUCCUGCUGUACUGUUCCAAGGACCGACGAGGACUCAACACCACAGCUUGGUUGGGAAAACAACGUCGUGCGAGGUGAGAGACGUCCACCAAGGCAACGCCAACGGCUUCACAGGACUGCACAUGGCCGCCCUGAAGCACAAGGUGGACAUCGCCGCCCUCCUGCUCGAGAAGGGGCACGACGUAAACAUCGAGGAAUGCAAUGGCCUCACUCCUCUGGACUACUGCAUCGACAGUGCGCUAACAGACGGCAUGUUCACUGACAAGCACGGCAGUCAGAGUUACGUCGCCAUGGUGGAGCUCCUCGAGUCGAGGGGCGCAGUGAGGCGGCAGGAGCGAGCUUGGCUGACGGCCGCGAACCAGGAGAGGUUCGCCCCAAAUCUUCCAUAGGAGCAUAAGGCAUGUAGAGUUCCGAAUAAGAGCUGCCCAUCACCUGGGAUGGUUGAGCUACGGGCCGCGUGGCAUUCUCCACUCGCUCGGUCUUGGCUCCACCCCUUCACGUACAGCACUCCCGCAUGCCCCUCUGCGUUACACAGGCCGUGUGCACGUGCUGUUCGCUGGAUGGGUAUGAUCUCCUCCUCCCCGGGGGACGCACGUGAUGAGCUCGGGUCAGGGACGGAACCGAGCGGUCGGAAGACGCUCUGAAUCAGACGCCAAUGCGCAGGGGCCCGAGGCCCAGGUUGCUGCCAGUCCGCCCCGG